AUGGAACAACAAAAUCAAUCGAAUCGUAGUAAAAGAACUCUUUACUUGUCCAAUAUUAAUCUUUGCACGUCCGUCGAUGACAUUUACGAAACAUUUUGUCAGGCUGGUCUCGUAGAAAAGGUUACCCUACAUGAAAAUGCAGACGGUACUCCUCAAUAUGCGAUUGUUGUUUUCAAAGAAGCUAAUUCGUUGAUUCAUGUAAUGUCCGAUUACAAUCGUUUUCAGCUCGGAUUUGACAUCAUUCAUUGUUCGAGUAAUAUAACUUGUCCUAAAAGUAAACCGACUGAGCUAUCCCGUCCACGCCACACUCCACGUCAAAUUGGUUACGAGAAAAAGCGUGCUCAACAAUCGCGUCGUUAUGCCACCAGAGUUUUCGAAAAUAGCAAUUACAAGAAUGAUACGAUUAGAGCAUCCGCUACAACAACGUCACCAGAAAUUCCUUCACCACAGGAUGGUUGGAAUCCGUUCAAAAGCCCGCUUAAAUCUAUUAUUUCCUGCAACUUCCUUAAAUCUAGCACUAUUAGUUAA